CGCUGGCGCGCACGAGCUCUAGUUUUAUCGACGAUUUUUCCUUCAUCAAUCAUGGAAGAUUACGAUUCCGUGUCCUCCGAAGGCUCGUACUCGCCCGUGGCCAAGCUCCGAAUUCCGCCAUCGACGCCGUCGCCACCUUCCUCCUCCUCCCUGUCAUCGUCGUCGGGCCGGGCGCGAUCGCCGAAAUGCGCUCGCUGUCGAAAUCACGGGGUCGUGUCGAGCUUGAAGGGCCACAAGCGCUCCUGCGCCUGGAAGGACUGCCAGUGCGCCUGCUGUCUCCUGGUGGUCGAGCGUCAGCGAGUGAUGGCGGCCCAGGUGGCACUGCGCCGACAGCAGCAGGCCCGCGACCAGCUCGAGUUCCAGGCGCGGAUGAGCGAUCAGAGCCAGGGCGGAAGGCAGAGAGCCGUGGCCGCUUAUCAGAGGAGAUCGAGGAACUUUCAGAGGCACAGGGCUCAGCUGCAGAGCCGAGGAUCGCUCGGAGUCGUCGGCUCGCUCGUGGGAACGGCGGCUGCGUCCUCGACGCGAUUCGCUUGUUUGACGCGCGUUUCGGAACAUCGAUCGUCCAACGACGGACAAAGCUUGCCAAACAGUACCCCGUUACCGAUCACGAAUCUAUCGAACUUCUGUCCCGCUGCCACGGCGAUCCCCAAUUGGCUCUCCUGCUUUCCGAUCGUCAAAUCUACGCAGAAAUAUUUCGACAACGCUAGCGGCAACAGUUACGAAAGACAACGAAACUGCUUCCAGGGACCUAGUCAAAGACCACAAAAUAGCAAAAAAUUAAACAUCUCAUUCAGCAUAGAAUCGAUCAUGGGAUUGAAAUGAUUAUGCGUGUUACAGUUGUGUUUCGAAUUGUAAAUAGUAUAAAUGUAUGAAUUAAUAUUGAGUGCCUUUUUAGAGUUACAUUUAAGUUUGUUUUGUAUAUACCGAGAGAUUAUAAUUUAUUAAAUAUGAAGACGUUAUGAAUAAAUGAAAGCCAAAUUUAAAAAAAAAU